AAUUGGUAAAACAAAGAAAGGCCAAACAGAGGCAAGUGGGCUUUAAUUUUGUAAACCCAAAUUGUGUUUUGCGUUUUUGUUUCACUCGAAAUCGCCUCCAAGAACCAAACCAAACCAAAAAGAGCGAUGGUUUUAGGCUCCCACACUCCCCAGGCCGGCUUGCCUUUUAAUGAGAACGAUUCUCAGGAUAUGGUCAUUUACCAAGUUCUAAACUCCCCCAUGUCUUCCCACUCUACCCUUCCCCCCGCCGACGACCAACCCAACGCCAACUCCUCCCGCCGCCUCAAUCCCCCGGCUCGAACCAUUGCCAAGAAGCAUUACAGAGGGGUCCGCCAGCGCCCCUGGGGCAAAUACGCUGCCGAGAUACGUGACUCCACCCGACACGGCGCUCGCGUCUGGCUUGGCACCUUCGCCACCGCCGAGGAGGCUGCUUUGGCUUAUGAUACUGCCGCUUUCAGAAUGAGAGGCCCUAAAGCCCUUCUCAAUUUCCCCCCGGAGGUGGUGGCGGCGGCGGCGGCGGCGAAGACCACUACGACUUCCCCACCGUCGAAGAGGAAGCCUAACGCUGAACCUUGGGGUAGUAGCUCUAGCACCAUUUCUUUGGCGACUUCAAGAUCAGAAUCAGAUUGCAGCGCCCCUGAAUAGAAUUCGCUAAAAUUUGUUAUGUUACUUGCUAAUUGCCAUCCAUUAUUGUCUGUUUUUCUUUUCUCUCUCUCUUUUUAAUUUUUAUGUGUAUAUAUAUUUGACGUUUUGAUUGUUAAUUAUGCUUUGGGAAAUAGAACACAAGUAGACACAAAUUUGAUUGGAAA